AUGGCAAGUGACCACAGAGUAAACUCGUACAGCCCUGAAGGGCGCAUUUACCAGAUAGAGUACGCCAUGAAGGCGAUGAACCAUGGCGUGACGACCGUGGCACUCACAAACAGGGAUGCGAUUGUGAUAAGCUCAGAGAAGAAGAUUCUCUCCAAGCUGCAGGUAACAAGCUCGGCCACCAAACACUACAAGAUCGAUGACAGGAUAGGCCUGGCAUUCUCAGGGAUAAGCGCGGAUGCAUCGGUCAUAGUGGAGAAGAGCAGGAUGUACAUGGUGAGCCGGAUGAUGCAGUACGAUGAGUGUAGCAGUGUGAUGGGGAUAUUGAAGAGUCUGUGUGCGCAGAGUCUUAGGUUUGGCGAGCGUGAUCCGGGCAAGAAAAUAUUUUCCAGGCCGUUCGGUGUGUCCAUUCUGAUAGCUGCGUUCGAGGAGUGUCCCAAGCUGUUCCUGCUGGAACCGAGUGGGUCGUACAAGCAGUUUAAGGCGAAAUCGAUCGGCAGCGCACACCAAGCGGUGGAUAAUGAGCUGCUUGAUCGGUAUGACGAGGAUAUAUCGAGCGAUGACACGGUCCUGCUCUCGUACAAGCUGCUCAAAGACGUGAUGAAAGAUAAGAUAAGCCAUGAAAACGUUGAAACGAUGAUAGUGAACAAGGACGGAGUACGGUUCUUAAGCGAAGAUGAGGUGGGCAAUUACCUGGUGAGGGUUAAUUAAAUGGAGGG